GCGUGCUGGAGGAAGUAGUGUAGACAGACAGAGAGGACACACUAGAGUGGAACAGUUUAUCUUACUUUAUCAACAGCGGUAGCAUCACACUGGUGAACACAUGUCGAUAUCGUUCUGAUCUGUUGGCGUGUGAAUAGGACUGAAUUGUUUGGAGUAGACAUACCGUUCACGUUGAUGGUUAGCUAGCUGUUGUAAUGUAGCCUUUGCUUAGCUUGACAUCAGUUAGCAUUCAAUGUAGCUUGUGUCCUAACAACUUCAAUCACACUCCGUUAUAACCUAUUUUACAACUGCACUUUGGCCUGCGGUGAGGUCUCCAGACUGUCGGGACGCCUACUGAAAUGCCCUUUUAUCAGAUCGACUUUGCUUAGGACUCCAGGGGCUGUCUGGAAGCUGUUAGCAAGCAAGCUAACAGUGCUUUGCUGGUUGACAGCAAAGUAAUGUGUUUUAGAAAGAUGACCAGCAUCUGCAUCCAGAGUCAGACAUUCUGUCUGAGAGAAUGACGAGGAGGUGAUGCAGUGUGCGUGGACUCCGUGGAGGUCAAAAGUACAAUGGUGGUGUCUGAAUUUCAUUGGGACCAGCAAAUCCCCUUGCCAAAGCUUGGCCCAGCUCAUUCCAGGAUCGUAGUCGGUCUCGUUGCCUUGGUCUGUUUUAUAAACAGCUAUGACGGUGAAUUUGUCUUUGACGAUUCGGAAGCUAUUGUGAAUAAUAAGGAUUUACAGCCUUCAACCCCUCUGAAUAAUAUUUGGAAGAAUGACUUCUGGGGAAGUAACCUGAGCAGCAACUCAAGCCACAAAUCCUACCGGCCCCUCACUGUCCUCACGUUUAGGCUCAACUACCUUGUGGCCGGUGGCCUGCACCCCGUCGGCUUCCACGUGCUCAACAUCGUCCUUCACAGCGUCAUAUCGGUGUUAAUGACCGACGUGUUCGCAAUAUUAAUCGGCGGCCUGGCCUACGAUGGUAAAGGCCAGAGGCUCAACCAGGCUCCGAAAGCCUCCUUCUUGGCAGCUCUGUUAUUUGCGGUCCACCCAGUUCACACGGAAAGUGUGGCUGGCAUUGUUGGCCGCGCAGACCUGCUGUGUGCUUUGUUCUUCCAGCUCUCGUUCCUGGCUUAUUGCAGAGGCUUCCGAGGAGGUAAUGAGAAGAACUUCUCGGUGCCGUGGAUAGUCCUCAGCCUGUUGCUGUGCGCUGCGGCCAUGCUCUGCAAAGAACAAGGCAUCACUGUGCUGGGUGUCAACGCUGCCUUUGAUGUGCUCAUGAUCUGCAAUGUAAAUAUCUAUGAGCUCACCCACCGCCUCCUGUUCAAGGGGAAACCAGUAGACGUGAGUGAGUGUGUGCGGGCGGGUCUGCUGGUGAGACUGGUGCUACUCCUGUCGGGCGGCUCGCUGCUGUUAUAUGCCAGAUGGAGGAUCAUGGGAACUGGUCCCCCCGCCUUCACCGAAGUCGAUAACCCAGCAUCCUUUGCUGAAAAUGUAUUCCUCAGAAUUGUGAACUAUAAUUACUACUACUCCUUGAAUGCGUGGCUGCUCCUGUGUCCCUGGUGGCUGUGUUUUGAUUGGUCGAUGGGCUGUGUGCCGCUCAUUAAGUCGGCCGCUGAUUGGAGGAUCAUCGCCGUGCUGCUGCUGUGGAGCUGCUUGGGCGGUUUGAUGAGCCAGGCGCUGUGCUCGCAUGACGCCGUUAAGAGGAGGAUUCUGACCUUCACCCUGGUGCUCCUGGUCAUCCCUUUCCUGCCGGCCAGCAACCUGUUCUUCCGCGUGGGCUUCGUGGUGGCCGAGCGGGUGCUGUACCUGUCCACGGCCGGCUACUGCCUGCUCCUGGCCUACGCCCUGGGCCAGGUCUGCUGCCUCUGGAGGAAGCACAGGAAACUGCUGGGGCUGGCCCUGUUGGCUCUGGUGUGUGUGUACGUGGCGCGCUGUGCCCAGCGGAGCACACAGUGGCGUUCGGAACGGAGCCUCUUCACCAGCGCCCUGCCCGUCUGCCCUCUCAACGCCAAGGUCCAUUACAAUGUGGGCAAGAACCUGGCAGACAGAGGAAACCAGGGUGCUGCAAUCAAGUACUACCGCGAAGCUGUGAGGUUGCAUCCGAAGUACGUCCACGCCAUGAACAACCUGGGCAACAUCCUGAAGGAGAGGAACGACCUGGUGGAGGCAGAGGAGCUGCUCUCUAAUGCUGUACACAUCCAGCCUGAUUUCGCUGCUGCCUGGAUGAACCUGGGCAUCGUGCAGAACAGCCUAAAGAAGUUCGACGCCGCCGAGCACAGCUACUGGAACGCCAUCAAGCACAGGAGGAGAUACCCCGACUGCUACUACAACCUCGGACGCCUGUACGCAGACCUGAACAGACACGUGGACGCGCUGAAUGCCUGGAGGAACGCCACCAUGCUGAAGCCAGAACACAGCCUGGCCUGGAACAACAUGGUCAUCCUGCUGGACAACACAGGUAACCUAGAUCAAGCCGAAGUGAUUGGCAGAGAGGCCUUGAAGAUUUUGCCUCAUGACCCCACGAUCAUGUUCUCGCUAGCCAACGUCCUGGGAAAGCUGCAAAAAUACGAGGAAUCAGAAGGUUUCUUCUUACACGCUCUGAAGAUCAACCCCAAUGCUGCCAGUUGCCAUGGCAAUCUUGCCGUCCUGUACCAUCGCUGGGGAAAGCUGGACGUGGCCAAGAGACACUAUGAACAGGCCCUAAAACUGGACCCCAGCACGCCGGGCACCAGGGAGAACUACAACAUGCUGCGCCGCAAACUGGAACAGAAACACAAGACCAACAGCUAAAUAAAGAACAGUGUGUGUGUGUGUGUGUGCGUGCACAUGUGCGUGCACAUGAGCCUGUCUGUGUGUGUGUGUGUGUGUGUGUGCACAUGUGAGUGCACAUGAGUCUGUGUGUGUGUGUGUGGUGAUAUUUAUUGCAUGAUGCAGUAGCCUACAGUCUUGCACAUGGUGGAAUUAAUAAAAGACGAUUCCUGGUUUUGA